GAGAUGCACGUACGUAAGAAUCUUUUUAUAUACAUACAUUUGUCUGUAUAUCAUAUAGAGACCCUUUAUUAGACAGGUUGUGUCUGGAGGCUUCGAGAAGUGUGCACGACGUAUCCCCACAAAAUGGAGGGUAAUAAUUUGUUGAGAGUGAGAAAAGGUGCAUGGAGUAGAGAGGAAGAUGAACUUCUCAGGCAAUACAUUCAACAGCACGGUGAAGGAAAAUGGCAUCAGGUUCCUCUCAAAGCAGGCUUGAACAGAUGCAGGAAGAGCUGUAGACUGAGGUGGUUGAACUACUUGAGCCCAAAUAUCAAAAGAGGAGACUUUACAGAAGAUGAAGUGGAUCUCAUGGUUAGGCUUCGAAAGCUUUUAGGAAACAGGUGGUCGUUGAUUGCUGGAAGACUUCCUGGAAGAACAUCAAACCAUGUGAAAAACUACUGGAGUACUCGACUAAGGAAAAAUAUGUCUUCUGGGUCCGAAAAAGAUAAAACCCUAGAAACAACAAAGACAGUAAUAUUAAGGCCUCAACCACGAACCUUCUCCAAAAAGUCAAAUUGUUUGAGCAGCCCAGCUCCAACUUUACAGCAUAUUCAAUUACAAGAGAAUUUUAACUGGCCAUUGCCAUCAUCACCACCUAUAGAAAAUGGAAUUGAUGAGUGGAAAAGCCAGUUAGCUGAUACGAACAGUGUUGAAAGAGAAAUGUGUUCUGGUUUUCAGUUGGAGGAAGAUUUCUUCACAAACUUUUGGGUUGAAAAUAUAGCCCAAAACACAGGAACUGGUAUAAAUUCUGCAGACGAAGCCCUGCUGAGUAACAGUGACUUCUCUUUUCCUCUUUGGAAUUUUUCAAAAGAAAAAUAGAGAGAGAACUAAGGUUC